AUGGAAUCAAAAAAUAAUCUGUAUGACGAGUUCGGAAAUUACAUAGGGGGAAAUAUUGACAGUGAUGAGGACUACUCAGAGGAUGACCAAGACGAUGAAGAGGAGGACGUAAAUGAUGAAUAUGGACGAAAGGGAGAUGACGAUGAGGGUGACGAUGAGGAUAACGAUGAGGAUGUCGACGAGGAUGAUGAUGACAAAGUAGAUAACGGGGGAAAAUACACAGACGAGGAAGAGGAGGAAGAAUUGAAAGAGAAAGGAAAUAACGGAGCAUUUAGUGCAAAUAUAGACGAAUUACAAAAGGUAUAUGAUGGUGUGGAAGUGUUUGUAGAAGAAGAAGAUGCCCAAGAUAUUGAAGAAGCAACGAUUAAUAAAAUAAAUGCAAAUGUAGAGAGAAUAAGCUUUAUAAAGAAGUUAGAUGUUGAAGCAAAUAGAAAGAACUUUGAUUUGGUUGAGACAAGUUUGCCUAAUAAUACAUUCAGUUUUAAAUUUUUGUCUGAAUUGAUGCCACACACACAAUUUAUAAGAAAUAUUUGUAUAGCUGGUCAUUUCCAUCAUGGUAAGACGACAAUAGUAGAUAGAUUAAUUGAAUAUACGAGAGAUAAAAAGAAUAAAACUAGGAUAUGUAGCAAUAUUAGUAGUAAUAAUAAGAAUAGUAGCACUGUUAGUUUUUUUAAUUUACAUACUGAAAUGGAAGGUAUUAUAAGAAAACGAAAUGUGAAGGAAACUGAUAUGAUUACACCAUAUAACAGUAAAAAAAUUGAUUACAUAACAAGUUACACAGAUACAAGAUUAGAUGAACAAGCUAGAGGAUUAUCUAUUAAAGCUAUUCCAAUAUCUUUAAUUUUUCAAAAUAGAAUAUAUGAAAAUAUACCUAGUAACGUAUUAUUAAAUAAAAAAAAAGAUAAUUUAAAAUAUAAAUCGUACAUAUUUAACAUAAUAGAUACUCCGGGACAUGUAAAUUUUUUUGACGAAUUUCUUUGCUCGUUGAAUAUUUGCGAAUGUUGUUGUUUAGUAGUGGAUGUCAUUGAUGGUUGUAUGUAUGUAACAGAAAAUAUAAUAAAAACUUGUAUUUAUGAGAAUGUGAAAAUAAUUUUAAUAAUAAACUGCAUAGAUAAAUUAAUUAUGGACUUACGUUUACCACCUAAUGAUGCAUACCACAAAAUAAAUUAUACUAUUGAAGAAAUAAAUAUAAAAGUGGAAUCUAUAUGUGAAUUAUUAAAUAAGAGUAGUAAAGAAAAAAAAGAGUUCUUAUUAUCUCCAUUAAAAAAUAAUGUAUUAUUUAGCUCAAGUAUAUAUGGUAUAUUUUUUACCUUAAAAUCUUUUAGUAAAAUUUAUUGUAAUUUAUAUAAUGCAUAUCAUAUAGACAUAGAUGAAUUUUCGCAAUAUUUAUGGGGAGAUAUAUAUUUUAAUGAGGAGGAAUUUACAUUUGCUUCAUCACCUUUGUAUGCAAAUCAGAAACGAUCUUUUGUUGAAUUUAUACUUAAUCCAAUUUAUAAAAUUUUUGGUUAUGUAUGCUCAGAAGAAAAAGAAUUUUUAAUUCCUUUUUUAAAAAAUUUUAAUAUUUCUUUAAAAAAAAAUGAUUAUCUAUUUAACAAUAGAUAUUUGUUAAAAAAAAUUAAUGGUAUGAUAUUUGAAGACACUACAGCUUUUGUAGAUGUAAUAAUAGAUAACUGUCCAUCUCCUCUAGAAAAUGCCAAGAAUAAAAUUAUGCAAAUAUACUCAGGUUCAUUAAAAACAAAAAUAUGUUAUGACAUGAUGAGAUGUCUAAAAGGAGACAAAACAGAUAAUUUAAUGGUAUAUAUUAUAAAAAAUUAUCACAGACCAGAAUGUUUGAUGCUUGAUCUAUUUGGUAGAGUAAUGUGUGGAACUAUAAGAAAAGGGCAAACAGUGUGUAUAUUAGGAGAAGGGUAUAGUUUAAGUGAUGAUGAAGAUAUGAUAACCCGAGUUGUAACACAUCUUUGGGUUUAUGAAGGAAGAUAUAGAGUAGAAGUAGAUGAAGUACCAGCAGGAAAUUUUGUUUUAAUAGGAGGUAUUGAUAUAUGUAUAAAUAAAACAUGCACAAUAACGAAUGUAAAAAAGAAAAAGAAAAAGUCUGUUAACACUAUUUUGAAAGGAGUAAGCACAGAUAUUUCAAACAAUAGUAUAGUGAAGAGUGUAAAUAAGUCUAUUCUUAUUGAUGAUGAGGAUGAAGAGGCCGAAAUAUUCUACCCCUUGCAUAGAAAAUUUAGAUAUGUCAAUUGUGCUAAUUCUGUGUUUAAAGUUGCAUGUGAACCUAUUAACCCAUCUGAAUUACCUAAAAUGUUAGAUGGGUUGAGAAAAAUUGAUAAAUCAUACCCCCUAUCUAGUACUAAAGUAGAAGAGUCAGGGGAACAUAUAAUUUUAGGGACAGGAGAAUUAUAUCUAGAUUGCAUUUUGCAUGACUUAAGAAAGUUGUAUGGUGAUCUAGAAAUUAAGAUUUCUGAUCCUGUUGUACAAUUCAGUGAAACCAUAAUUGAAACAUCAGCUCUUAAUUGUUUUGCUGAGACACCAAAUAAAAAAAAUAAAAUUUAUAUGAUAUCUGAGCCAAUACAAAAAGAGUUAAUGGAUGAUAUAGUUCAAGGUCUUGUUCAUUUAAAUAAGAAUCAAAAUGUAAAUAUAGAUGAGUAUUUACACACAGUUGAUAACUUGCUGCAUGAAAAUGGUAUGAAUAAGGAUACAGGAAAAGGAGAGAAAAAAAAUGGGGAGAUGUUAUCAGAUGAAUCAUAUUCUAGUGGAAAAGGUAAAGAGAAAGAAGAACAAAUGAACGACGAAGAGAUGAUAGACACAGAAGAGACUGAGGAGGAUCUUCCAAAGAAGGAAACUACAAAUGAUGUAGAUGCAGAAAAGAGAAAGAGUACACUAAAUUAUGAUAUAGAUAAGAACGUCAUUUCGUUAUUAACGGAUAAACAUAACUGGGACAUCUUAUCUAUAAGAUCAAUUUGGGCUUUUGGACCAGAAAAUAAUAGCCCGAAUAUAUUAUUAGAUUACUCUUUAUAUAAAGAAACGAAUAAGGAAAAUUUAUAUUCUGUUAAGGAUAAUAUAAUUCAAGGUUUCUGUUGGGCUACUAAAGAAGGUCCAUUAAUUGAAGAAGGUAUGAAAAAUGUGAAGGUAAAAAUAUUAAGUGCAGAUAUAGAUAAUGAUCCAAUUAAUAGAGGGGCAGGACAAAUUAUACCUACUACUAGAAGAGCAAUAUAUUCGUCCUUUUUGUUAGCUACACCAAGAUUAUUAGAACCUAUUUUAUUUACUGAAAUUAUAUGUUCAGGUGAUUCAGUUUCUUCUGUUUAUAAUGUAUUAUCAAGAAGAAGAGGACAUGUAUUAAAAGACUUUCCAAAAGUGGGUACCCCUUUAUAUAUGGUUCAUGCAUACAUACCUGCCAUAGAAUCUUUUGGCUUUGAAACAGAUUUAAGGACUCAUACUAGUGGUCAAGCAUUUUGCCUAAGUAUGUUUGAUCAUUGGCAUAUUGUCCCAGGGGAUCCCUUAGACAGGUCAAUUAUACUAAGGCCAUUGGAACCUGCUCCUAUUCAACACUUAGCUCGAGAAUUUUUGUUAAAAACGAGAAGAAGGAAAGGAUUAACUGAGGAUGUAACAAUUAAUAGGUUCUUUGAUGACCCUAUGCUACUAAAUAUCAAGGAUGAAUUCGCUGAGCAUUUCUGA